AGCACAGGCUCCAGCCUACCUACAUACUUACUGUGUAAAUCUUUUAAAAGCAAUUAGCCGCAACAUCCACUAAACCUUCCCACUUAGUGGGCAACAUCCACAUUUUUUGAAAAGGGGUCGUUUCCCAGGCGGCGUGAGAAAAAGGGCAUCCUUCCUCAACCAUGACUGACAGGAAAGCAGUGAUCAAGAACGCAGACAUGUCCGAGGACAUGCAGCAGGACGCCGUGGACUGUGCCACGCAGGCCAUGGAGAAGUACAACAUAGAGAAGGACAUCGCUGCCUACAUCAAGAAGGAGUUUGACAAGAAGUAUAAUCCGACCUGGCACUGCAUUGUCGGGAGGAACUUCGGCAGCUACGUCACCCACGAGACAAAGCACUUUAUUUACUUCUACUUGGGCCAAGUGGCUAUCUUGCUCUUCAAGUCUGGCUGAUAAAUUUUUGAUGUGUAUCAAUGGGUUUUUCUCCCUGAACAUAAAUCGGAAAUGCACUGGUGGCUGAUGUCUCCCAUACACUAAUAACGACAUACCAUAAUGAUGCAAAAUCCGCCGUGCGCAGUUGCAUGGACCUUACACUAUUUAAUAUGUAUGUUACAGUAAGUUUACUUUUUGAUAGUUGCCAUUUGAAUGCAACUCAAGUAGUUUUUGUUGAUGCAGUUAAAUUCUAGGUUGUAAGAGAUUUCAGUGUGGCCCUUGAUUGUAUAAUAAAGGAAAGAAAUGUG